CGAGGCAGGCGAGUCUGUCUCGCGGUGCCGACUGCCGAGCCCGAGGUGUAGCGAACGAGCGCCAGUCGGUUAGUAUCCACCAGUCUUCGUCACGGCGAUGCCGGUGGCGCACGUGGCGCCGCUCUCAAACAAUAAUACGUUGUGACGAUCGCGCCGAUACUUCUUUCCAAACUAAUAAAUCAGCCGAGUCGUACGAAGUAACCCCGCCAACAGAUUAUAACUCGAUAUGAGAUAACAAGCUUGCGGCACGACUCCGGUGAUUAAUCACUAAGUCCGUUCAACUCAAAUGAUUGGAACGGAAGCGUAAUCUUACAGUUUCCAUUUAGGAUCGCGCAAUGUAAACAGAUUAACAUUGUUGAAGUUUUCUGAAAUCGUUUGUUGACUAAAGGUUACAAUACAUCUGGGUGCAUUGUAUGGACCAUUGUUCGGCGAUAAUGCCUUUCGAGUCCAAGGGUACUGUGCAGUCAAUAUACUAGUGUAUAGUGGAUGUGAACGGACUAGCAGGAGUGGUGGGCACCAUGGGAGCUGCUGGGCAGUGGACGGCCGGGCUGCUGUGGGUUGUGCUAGCAUCUGUGCUGGCGGACUCCUGGACCGCUUACCAGGAGCAACCGUGCUGUCGUCCGGUGACACAUCAUCGUGUCAGGCAUCACAGAGAUCAUAUACGGGAAUUCUCUUGUGGUAGUCUCUUCUACAGAACUCUCUACUUAAAUGAAGAGGGGAACACCUUAUACGUUGGUGCUAUGGAUCGAGUGUUCAAAUUAAAUAUGACAGAUAUAAGUCAGUCUCAUUGUGAGAGAGACGCUCUAUUACUAGAAGCUAGUAAUGUCGCACAGUGUGUAAGCAAGGGCAAGUCGGAGCCAUUUGAAUGUCGGAAUCACAUCAGAGUGUUGCAGCCGCUAGGUGACGGCGAGAGGCUCUAUGUAUGUGGCACUAAUGCCCACAAUCCAAAAGACUGGGUAGUUUAUUUGAAUUUGACACAUUUACCCCGACAUGAGUACGUGCCGGGCGUAGGUCACGGUGUUGCAAAAUGCCCCUACGACCCGGCGGACAACAGUACAGCUGUGUGGGUCACGCGGGGCAACCCUGGUGGGCUCCCCGCUCUAUAUGCCGGAACCAAUGCUGAGUUCACUAAAGCGGAUCCAGUAAUAUUUAGAAACGACCUUUUCGAUUUUCGAACGGGCCAGAAGAAAUUUAACUUUAAAAGGACUCUAAAAUAUGAUUCCAAAUGGUUAGACAAAACCAACUUUGUCGGAGCGUUUGACGUUGGAGAGUACGUUUUAUUUUUCUUCCGUGAAACGGCAGUGGAGUUUAUGAAUUGCGGCAAGGCGGUUUAUUCCCGAGUCGCGAGAGUAUGCAAGCACGAUACAGGAGGGAAGCAUAUACUGAGCCAGAACUGGGCUACUUAUUUGAAAGCUAGACUAAACUGUAGUAUACCUGGCGAGUUUCCUUUUUAUUUUGACGAAAUCCAGAGUGUGUAUCAAAUGCCGGGAGAUCCGAGUCGGUUUUAUGCGGCAUUCACGACGGGCGCCAGCGACGGUCUUGUUGGUUCAGCAAUAUGUACCUACACAAUGGAUGACAUACAGGAAACUUUUAGUGGCAGAUUCAAGGAACAGGCGACCUCUAAUUCAGCGUGGCUUCCGGUGCUGCGGGCCCGCGUUCCCGAACCACGUCCUGGUACUUGUGUCAAUAACACAGAAGCACUGCCCGACAACGUACUCAAUUUUAUCAGGUCACAUCCACUCAUGGACUCGGCAGUACGGCAGGAAGGAGAUGCGCCUGCGUUUUAUAAGAGGGACUUGGUACUUACGACGCUGGUCGUUGAUCAACAAUUCGUCGACAUGCUGAGGGAUGAUAUCACGUACACUAUAUUCUAUGCUGGCACUAAUGCUGGCGAGGUAUACAAAAUAGUUCAGUGGGCGGGUGGCGGUUCUCGUGUAGCGGAUGUAUGGAGGGCGGCUGGUACCGAACCGGUGCGUGCACUCGCUCUCUCUCGAAGGAUACAUGCCCUUUAUCUUGCCACUGACAACCGUUUGAGGCAACUACCGUUACAUGCUUGUGCACAUCGCUAUGAUAGCUGCAUGCGCUGCGUUCUGGACCCAUAUUGCGGGUGGGAUAAAGAAGUGGGGGCGUGUAGAUCUUACGCCCCUGGUCUUCUGCACGAUGCUACUAACUCCACGCCAUCCAUAUGCGAAGCCAGUGCCCCUCUCAGAACAGUGCGAGCUGGUUAUGGCCAGAGCGUGCAUUUAGCGGCCUUCGGGAAAACCCCUGAGGCUUUUAAGGACCAGCACGUUAUAUGGUACCACCAUUCUAGAGAGAAAGGCCGAUAUAAAAUAAAUUUCAAUUGGGAGAGAGUGUUGCAGACUUCGGAGCGUGGUCUCGUUCUGCUGACUGUGUCAGAUUCGGACCGUGGACGUUAUGAGUGCUACUACGGCCCCACACUUAUAGCAUCCUACAAUUUGGACAUAGAUGUACACAGGUGUACGCAGCCGAGUAAAACGCAGGAAUACAAACAAGUCUACUCGGACUGGUGUCAUGAGUUUGAAAAAUAUAAAAAUGCAAUGAAGGCAUGGGAGACACGACAAAUGCAGUGCUCCAAAAACCUUAACGCAUCAAGCCAGCAAAACAGUAUGGCGAACGAGAUCGUGGCGUCGCUGCGGUGAUAGGGCACAGCUCUGUAGUGAUUAAUGAACGAUUAUGCACACCAAGCACCGCUAACAUAAACUAUCCGAUAUUUCGCCGACGACGCCCCACCCCCAACCAUUGAACAAAACGUAGUUCCACUUUUUGUCGUCUUGCAUUAUUCUGUUCUGGUUCUGGAUGUUGCGAGUUUUUCAGGCAGCCGAAUGAUAAUAAAAACUUUUUACAUUUUACCCGCAACGUCUUGUUUUUAAAUGUUUGGUUUUAAUAUAAUAUUCUUAUUUCCAUUUUAUUGUCGGACAUUUAUUAAAUAUUUUAAGCACUGUUAUAGUAAUAUUACUCCAAUGAUGUUUUGAGUUAUUAAAUAUCAAAUGUUUCAAUUAAUUUAAAUCGAGUACAUGUGGUUGAGUAUGAAAUAAAGGGGAUAAUGUAGUGAGUGAGGGGAUGAUCUGUUAAAAUAGAUUUGUUGCUUGCUCCGACUGCGCCGUGUGAUGGAUGACUGACUUCUGCUCAACUUUGGUCGCAACUUUUUCUUUGGGAGCGGUAAGAUAAUCGACCGAACUAAUAUCGAGUAGUUUAUGUUACGGAUGAUUCGUUGAGAUUAAUUGAUAAAUUAUUGUUGAUGAAUGCGACUGAAUAAUAAUUAAAUAAGCAUUGUGAAAAAAAUGAAACAUUAACAAAUGAGAUGGGUAUUAAAUGUAUCGCCUUCGCGUCGGAUCUCUAUUGUAAAUAUAUGAUAGAAAGGAUCGGGUCAAACUUAUGAGGGUAAGGAUCCACCUAUACAAAUUGCUGUGAUAUCAGUUUUCGCUGGAGUACUAAUGUGCUGUCGAUGAGAUAAAAAUAAAAAGCUUAAUAUAUGUUUUCAAUAUAAAACAAUGAAAAUAAUAACACUAAUAAUAUAGGGCAUUCAUUUUAAUAAGAAUGUAAUAGAAGUUGAGAUAAAGUGAUUAUUAUUUUUUAUUUUUCUGUAUAUUAAAUGAGUAUACAUUAAAAUCAAUGCCACAAGAAAAUAUUAGGUAAUAAAUGAGCAAUAUUAACGCCAAUUUAGAACUAAGCAUAAAUCUAAAUUGUAUGAUAUUAGCUUCUGUUAUACGAUUAAAAUGUUGAUGCAUAAUGUUCCUAGAGUGUAAGUAAUUUUUUUAUGUGGCGACUACUCACGUCGCGUGUUGCUCCCUCUAUUCCAUUUAGAUAUGUACAAGUUGACUUCUGUACUUAUUUUUUAAGUUUCAAAAAUUGAUGUUAUCGAUUAUUUAGUUGCCAUAAAAUGUAAUGUUAUGCCUUACUUACUUCGGAUGUUGAAACCGAAUUUAUUAAUAAACGUUACGUUUUAGGUCCUUCCCAUUAAUUUUAUCAAAAAUCUCGCUAGUAUAGUGCCUUGUGAAGCAUGCUUACGGAUUCGUAGAACUUAUUAAAUUAAAUGAUUAGAUAAGAAAUAUUUUUGUGUACCAUGUAAAGUUACGGAGUAGUUAUAGUUAACAAUUAUAGUAGCAACGCAUUUGGUAAUUAAAGCAAUAAUGUUCCAUGGAAUUAAGGCGCCAGUAUUAACUUUUGCAAGUAUGCUAGAGUAUAAUAAUAUUUAGAUGAUAUUAAAUUGUAAUUAUUUAACGACUACAUCUUUUUUUUAUAUUUUAUAUAGAUAUAUAUACUUAAUUUUCAUUGUCUACAGUCUAUAAAUUCCAGAAAUAAAAAAGAAUCUACCCUAAAUAUGUAUAUAUUUUUGGGCAAUAAAUUCUGAUAAUUUUCUAUUUCAU